AUGGUCACAGAUAACUCUAGCAGUGAAUUAUCAAAUACAAAAUCUCACAUAAACAUCACUACUCAAUUCAAUGAUGUUGAAAAGGGUGAAACAUGGAUCACUACUACUGCUGUUGAUGGGAAAGAAAUAGAAAAUAUACCUGAACCAAUAGUAAGUACAAUUUUAUCACCUAAUGGUCAAGCGGUAAUACUUUCCUCUGAGAAGGACAAAGUAGAUAAAGCGAUGCAAUUAGCUAUGGAAUCCAGAGAAAUUGAUAUAACAACGGAGGAAGAUAUAAAAUUACGUUGGAAGAUUGACCUUUGUAUGUUCCCAUUGAUGUGUCUAUUAUAUGCUGUUCAAUUUAUGGAUAAAACAUCAACUGGGUCAGCGGCAGUCAUGGGAUUAAGGGAAGAUUUAGGGAUGCAUGGUGAUCAGUAUUCUUGGGUUGGAUCUGCAUUUUAUUUUGGUUAUUUGUUUAUGAAUUUAGGUCCUGUUCAGUUUAUUUUCCAAAGAAGUGAUAAGAUGGCUAAGUUAUUAGCUUUAUUUGUAGUCAUUUGGGGUAUACUAUUAGCAUUACAUGCGGUUCCUAGUGUCAAUUAUCCAGCAUUCAUUGCCCUAAGAGUUUUGUUAGGUUGUGCUGAAAGUGUAGUGACCCCAUGUUUUACAAUCAUAACAGCUCAAUAUUGGAAAACUGAAGAACAAUUUACAAGAGUUUGUAUUUGGUUUGGUAUGAAUGGAUUAGGCUCUAUUAUUUUAAGUGCAAUUGCUUAUGGUGUUUAUGUCCAUGAAGAUUCCUAUUCAAUUAAAGGUUGGAGACUUUUAUUCGUCAUUACAGGUAUUUUGACGAUUUUUGUUGGUGGAUUAAUCUAUUUUUGGAUCCCUGAUGAUCCAUCAAAGGCGAAAUUUCUUUCUAAGAGGGAGAAACUAAUGGUAGUGGAAAGAAUUAGAUCCAACCAACAAGGAUUUGGUAAUCAGCAAAUUAAACAAUAUCAAAUUAUUGAAGCAUUGAAAGAUGUUAGAACGUGGCUAUAUUUUUUAUUCACUGUAAGUUCCAAUAUUCCAAAUGGUGGUAUUUCCAAUUUCUUAAGUAUUCUUUUACAUUCUGAUUUUGGUUAUAGUACAAAGGAUACCUUUUUGAUAAGUAUACCUACAGGAGCUGUUGAAUUAAUUGGGUGUCCCUUGUUUGGUAUCUUAGCCAUUUAUGCAGCCAAUAAAAGAGUACCAUUUUGGAAAUAUAGAUUAUCAUGGGCAAUUUUUGCAGCAAUCUUAGCCUUAAUAGCGAGUUGUAUGCUUGGAUUUGCCAAUGGUUCCAAAAAGGCAAGAUUAGCUGGUGCAUAUUUAUGGUAUAUUUCUCCCGUUUCGUAUAUUUGUGUUAUUUCCAAUAUUAGUGCCAAUUCAUCAGGUUAUACUAAAAAAUGGACAGUUUCAUCCAUUACUUUGGUUGCAUAUGCUGCAUCUAAUUUGGCUGGACCUCAAACUUUUAUUGCUAGUCAAGCACCACAAUAUCACGGAGCAAAGGUGUCAAUGGUUGUUUGUUAUGCAUGUAUGAUUAUCAUAUUAUCAGCUUUAUUGUUGAUCAAUAUAAGAGAAAAUAAAAGACGUGAUAAAAUGGCCAUAGAGAUAAGAAAUGAAGGUGGAGAAAAUGAAUUAUUAGAGAAUUUAGAAUUUUCUGAUAUUACCGAUUUUGAGAAUCCAAAUUUCAGAUAUACAUUAUAG